AGUGCCGUUGACCACGUGGUAUGACCUGUUCAGCUGACAGCCGGGGGAGGAAGAGGAAAGAAGAUGGAAGGGAACCGAGACGAAGCAGAAAAAUGUAUAAAUAUAGCGACGAAAGCCCUCGAAGCCGGGGAUAAGGAGAAGGCGUUGAAGUUUCUUAACAAAGCAGAGAAGCUGUACCCGACUGACACAGCCAAAGCUUUGUUGGAUGCAUUAACAAAGAAUGGGAGCUCAGCGAGUAAUGGUGCAUAUCGCAGGAGACCAGCAGAACACUCAGAAACCACUGGUGCUCAGUCAGAACGAGACAACCCAGAAUCUGGAGGAAGCGACACUUCUAAAAGCUUCACCAAAGAGCAGGUUGAAGGCGUGCAGAGAAUAAAGCGGUGUAAGGACUACUAUGAAGUGCUUGGUGUGAGCAAAGAAGCAAGUGAUGAUGAUCUUAAGAAAGCCUACAGGAAACUAGCACUCAAAUUCCAUCCAGACAAAAACCAUGCCCCUGGAGCAACAGAGGCCUUUAAAAAGAUUGGCAAUGCAUACGCAGUACUGAGCAACCCAGACAAACGACGGCAGUAUGACCUGACAGGAGGCGAGGAGCCGAGCAGCCCAAGUCACUCGCAUGGCGGGGGCUUUGACUUCCACAGGGGCUUCGAGGCUGACAUCACUCCUGAGGACCUCUUCAACAUGUUCUUUGGAGGCAGCUUCCCCUCUUCCACUGCACACACUUUCACCAACGGCAGGACGAGCUACAGCCAUCAAACGGAUUACAGGCAGGAGAGGACAGAAGAACGAGGAGAUGGUGGGUUUUCAAUGUUUAUCCAGCUGAUGCCCAUCGUGGUCCUGAUUUUAGUGUCAUUACUGAGCCAAAUGAUGGUGUCCCCUCCACCCUACAGCCUCUAUUCUAGACCGUCAACGGGUCAGACCAUAAAGAGGCAAACAGAAAACCUGCGCGUCGACUACUACGUCACUAGAGAUUUCAAGUCGGAGUUUAAGGGCUCAGCACUGCAGCAAAUUGAGAAAAAUGUAGAGGAGGACUAUGUGUCAAACGUCAGAAAUAACUGUUGGAAGGAGAGACAGACGAAAACAGAUCUGCUUUACGCCGCUAAGGUAUACCGGGACGAGCGAAUGCGCAAGAAGGCAGAACUCAUGACCAUGGAUAACUGCAGGGAGCUGGACAGACUAAAUAACCUAUUCCGAGGUGGAUGAGUUAGAUGCUUUUGGGUCAUGUAAAACUAUAUGAAUAGAUAUGUAUAUUCCUUUUUUUUUUUUUUCCUUUUUUUUUUUUUUUUUAAAAUGAAGAGUCUUUAAACUAGGAUAAAAACACUUAAGGACACAAUUUAGCUCUGCUGUUGUUGUGUUUUUUUUUUCCCCCUGACAUUCCCCUGCCAACUUCUCUUCUUCCUCACUCCAGUCUGGCCCUUGGAAUCGCCUUGUUACAUUGUAAUAGACCAAGGUACGCUUUUUUUUUUUUUUUUUUUUUUUUUUUUUUAACUCUUUUUUUAACUCUUAAGUGUGUUUUCCUGAAAAUGGGAAAGAAAAGGACACUUGAUUGUAAAGGGCAUGUGCGCUUUGAGUAGUGACAACUCGAGAGGCGAUCUGCACAAGCAAAUUAGUGUUGUAAGAACAACAAAUGGCUUCUGGCAUCAUCUGCUUGUCAUAAACAUAAGAUGGGAGACAAAAUAGGCCCAUCUGGAGGUGCCGUCCUCCAGGCGAAUCGGGUUCUUGAAGAAAAAGAAUGCUCGGCUCCCGACUCACCUCCACCUGUGGAUGAAGCAUUAUCACUGACUUUGCUACUAGAGAACGUUUUAUAUUGUCCAAUCUAAAAUGUGACUUUGGUUGGAACUAAAUGUGGAUGGACAGUUAAACUUACUCAUAAAUGGUUGUAUGUUUUGAUUUUUGAAUGUUUAAAGUUUAUGCAGUUAUUUAAGUAACUCUAGAAGAAAAGGUUUUUCUUCAGUGCUCGCCUGAUCAUUUAAAUAAAAUCAAAUUACCAUAUACUGAAUGAAAUUCUCUGAGUUAUAUUGAACAGUAAGUUUGCUUAA